CAUCAUCAUGCACUUGUUUGAGCCUUUAAGCUGCAGCAGGACUUUAAUUUGGGCUUUGUAAUCCAGGCUUUUGUGAUUUUCCCAUUAAAAUUGGCUAAAAGAUCAUUAGAUAAUAUAAAAUAGUUUUCGAGUUUCCUCUUUAUCAUGGCGAGAAGAUCUCCUCCCCUGGUUAACCAAACGUACGAGACAGGCUGCACGUGGCGAAUGUUUAGAAUCUUUAAUUUCCGUGAAGAUCAUGCUGACAAAAGGUUGGUUUCCAAUAGGAGGCAUUUCAGCGCACAUGUUAAUGGAAAUGGAAACUCCAGAAGUAGCUCAGAUGUGCUUGGUACAGUUGAUGAGAAGUACCUUCAAAUUGGGGUAAAAUCUAGAAGAAAAAGAGAUUAUGGUUGUAAAAGUAUCAGUUGCGUGGAGAAUGAUCAGGAAGCAGAUUGGAGAAAUGAAAUAACAAAGAUGAUUGUUGAUCAGAGAUUUGUUAAUACAAGUUAUCUAGGAAAAGAUGGGGAAGCCGAUAAGCCUAAUCAAUUCUUGGAUGCUUUACAGAUUUUAUAUUCAAACAAGGAACUUUUCAUAAAACUUCUGCAAGAUCCAAACUCUCUGUUAGUUAAACAGAUUCAUGACUUAGAAAGCUCUCAAGUGAAAGAACCAUAUCGGGCAAGGCUAAAAAAGACGACUAGAUUGAAUAAACCUCAAAAAAGUAAUAAUACACAAUGUGUAAAACCUUUUGAGUCCUUUGAUAGGUAUGAUUUAAGGCCAAGUUUUAAACCUCAGUCUCCAAACAGAAUAGUGGUUUUGAAGCCUGGCACUGUUAAUGUGAAAAAGAAUGCUGAAACAAGCUUCAGUUCUAAUGCACAAGAUAUUAGACCUUCACAUUAUACCUUUGGUCGUAUAAAGAGAAAAUUGCGGCAUGUCAUGACAGUAAGGAGACAAGAAAAGCAAUGUAGGACAGAUGAUGGAAAGUCAUGUGAAUUUCCCAGCAGUUCCCAGGGCCUGGAAGAUGGUAAAAAAGUUAAAGAAUUGGAAAUUGAUAAAAGAAAUUCAGCAAUUAAUAUCCAUACUAAUACUGGAAAAAGGUUGAAUUCAUGUCUUGAUUUGAAGAAGAGGGAUGGUAUCAUCAAAUUGAAGAAUUCUGAGUUAUGUAUGAGGCUGGAAGCUGCUACAUUCGGUGGAAGUUGCAGUAAGAACACAAAUAAUGCUUCAGUUGGUCCUUCUGAGCAAAAUAUAUUGAACAUAAAUGUUGAAGUUGAAGGUAGGAAAGGUCCAUCUCAGAUGCUAAACUGUGGAAUUGAGGAAUGUAAACAGUGCACAAACUCUGUAGGGAGAUCAAUUCCUCUUCCUGACUUUUUGUACUUGCCAAGGUUUCAUAGGUACUGCGAGCACAGCUCCAUCCCUGAAGGGAUGAGAUAUUACAAUGAUUAUCAAAUGGUUCUUAGAACCAGGUUGGGGCUUCAAAAAGAUGGGGAAAAUGGUUCCUAUAAUUCUUUGAGACCAAAAAUCAAGGAUCCACCAGUCGCCAUUGUUAGUAUACUUACUGAUAAGUUGCAAUGUUUUGCUGACGAUAUUAGUAUCAGAAAUAGUGUUCCUGGUGACAAUCUACGGGCACGUUAUGAUAUUCCCAGAGAUGGCAGAUACGAGGAAAGUCCUAGUCAGAACAUUGACAUGAAUAAUACAACAGAAGGAAGUGAAUCUUUUCUGGAUAUGCAUCCAGAGAUCCAGACUUCGACUUUUUCACCAGAGGUUGCUCCAUCAAGGCUUUCAUCCUAUCGGAGAACAGAAGAUACUGUAAAUACGGGAAAUAGAGUUGAGAAAUUUAUUGGGCAUGAUGCUACCACCCCACCAAUCACCAUCUUUCAAACAGAUGAAUCUCCAAUACAAGCAAUGCUUGAUAACAAGUUUGAAGAGAACCAUUUUGCAGACCUUAUAAGAUCCUCUUUAGAUCCAAUGAACAAUUUAGCCUCCUCCAAGGACAUCUUAGACUAUGUAAGGGAAAUUCAGCAAGCUUUCAGCUUAAAAUGGGAUGAACUUAGUAUGAAGAGAUCAUCAAACCAAUUGCUAGAUCCAUCCACCUUUGAUGAACUGAAGGAACUAAUUAGUCAACUUUCUAGUGAUAAAAUGUUGCUUGACUGUGUCAUUGAAGCUUUCAUAGAGGUAUACCAGAACAAUGGUUUCCCACAUCAUAUUUCAUCAAAAAAUCCAAAUGUCCAAGCAUAUGUUGUAAAGAAACUUCUGGUCAAAGAGAUUACAGAACUUGUUAACUUGCACUUUCACCCUCAUCCAUCACCACUGACAUUAGAAAAGCUUAUAGAAAAGGACUUAGCUAGACGUGGAUCAUGGCUAAAUAUCCAAGUUGAUACAGAAGAUAUUGCAAUGGAGGUGGAGGAAGAUGUUCUUGAAAAACUGGUAUUGGAAAUCGCAUCUGAGAUGGAUAUAGAGACAUGAUACAUUUCAAUGAACCUAUGUCUACUUACUCGGUGGAUAAUAAAGCACUUUGGUGGCAUUGGUGAGCAGCAGGUAAUAUUAUGCUUCCUCAGGUAUAUUAGAAGUGACAACUGUAUCAGUAUAACAUAAUUUUUUAUAUACAAU